GGGCUGGGGGCUGCUCUGGCCUGUGGCAGAGGGUUAGGGGAAUCCAAGUGCCCAGUAGGGAGGAGAAGAUGUCAUUGCCCCUCUUUUCCCCCUUCUCCACCUGUGGUACAUGGGGAAGGGCGAGGGUGGUGCUUUAGUGACCGAAGAGGCCCUUCACUUUUCCCAGAGCGGCUCAGCCUCCAGCCUCCUUUGUGGCCUGGCCAGGAGCUAUUCUGAUCCCUUCCAUUUUCCUGUGGGCCACUUGACCCAGUUGUGAUUUUACAUUUGGUGAGUGUCUUGGUUGCUGCCCCUUGAGGGCUGGAAAACUUUGGCUCACAGUAGGCUCUGAGCAAAUGUUUGUAAGCGAAUGGAAUGACUCUUGGUCUAACUAUGGACCUUCUGCCCCUAGCACAUCCCUGGGAGGAGGUGGCCGGAGGGAGUGAGCAGUAGCUGAGUGCAGGAGAUGGUCUCUGCCCAUCCUCGGGCAGACCCUGUCUUCCCAGAGGAAGAAACUCUUCUCCCAUCCCUUGGAAACAAGGAGAAGAAAUAGCGAGAGAUGCGCUGGCUUCUGCGGCCCUGUAGGCCUUAGGGCUCGAACCAGGGAAGUGUGCAUGAAUCUGUGUGUGGGGGGAUCUGAAUGUGGGUGGGUGUGCCAUGUGCUCGUGUGGAAUGCCUGUCUGUGCAACGUACAUGUUUGUGUAAGGAGGUUGUGUCUUUGCGCAGGUGUCUGAGCGGGGGUGGGGGGAGUAUGUGGCCUGUGUUUCUGCGUGCGUCCAUGUGUGGACACGUUGCGUCUGCAUGCGUCUGCACCUGUGCUAGGGCCUGUGUGCUUGUGUGUGCGUGUGCAUACGUGGGGCUGGCAGCAUGUGUGCUUCCUGGGGUGUGCAAGCCCAUGUCUGCUCAUGUGCUGGUGUCAGUCUGGACUAGGACAGUUCCUGGCCCCUGGGGAGGGUAUGGACCUGGGUGCCCUGGCAGAUUUGGGGCAGAAGGUGAGAAAAAGGGAGUGCGUGGAAGGGAGAAGGGGCUGUAGAGGAACAGGGUGAUGCUUGGGUGGGGGGCUGCCAACCGCGGGGCUCCUUCCUAGCUGCCCUUUCCCAGGCCCUGAGGGUGCCUGGUUCCGCUGCCCUCCCCCUCCCUGUGUGGGCUCUGAGGAGGCGUCCCCUCUGGAAUGUGUUUGGUGGCCGAGGGCCAGGCUGGGCCCAGUUCCACUGGCAGGCUGGGCAGCGGGAAGGGGAGCCCGGGCUCCCACGUGCCUGCAGCCCAGCCCCCAGCUUCAUGCUCUGCUAUCUUCCUGGCUAGGUGACUCCCACACAGGUCAUGCUGUUGUCUCCUGAUCCAGCCGGCCCUGCCAGGUGACCAUGCCUGCCCUCGGCCCAGCUCUUCUCCAGGCGCUCUGGGCCGGGUGGGUCCUCGCCCUCCAGCCCUCUCCACCGGCUGCUUUUGCUCCCAACGGCACACACCUGCAGCAUCUGGCACAGGAUCCCACUUCAGGCACUCUCUACCUAGGGGCCACCAACUUCCUGUUCCAGCUGAGCCCUGGGCUGCAGCUGGAGGCUGCCGUGUCCACUGGCCCCGUGCUAGAUAGCAGGGACUGCCUGCCACCUGUGAUGCCUGAUGAGUGCCCCCAAGCCCAGGCCACCAACAACCUGAACCAGCUGCUCCUGGUGAGCCCAGGGGCCCUGGUGGUGUGCGGGAGCGUGCACCAGGGGGUCUGCGAGCUGCGGCGCCUGGGGCAGCUCGAGCAGCUAUUGCUGCGACCCGAGCGCCCUGGGGACACCCAGUAUGUGGCUGCCAAUGACCCAGCGGUCAGCACGGUGGGACUGGUGGCCCAGGGCUUGGCUGGGGAGCCCCUUCUCUUUGUGGGGCGGGGAUAUACCAGCAGGGGUGUGGGGGGUGGCAUCCCUCCCAUCACAACUCGGACCCUGUGGCCUCUGGACCCCCAAACUGCCUUCUCCUAUGAGGAGACGGCCAAGUUGGCCGUGGGCCGCCUCUCUGAGUACAGCCACCACUUCGUGAGCGCCUUUGCACGUGGGGCCAGUGCCUACUUCCUGUUCCUGCGGCGAGACCUGCAGGCUCAGUCUAGAGCCUUCCGUGCCUAUGUGUCCCGAGUGUGCCUCCGGGACCAGCACUACUACUCCUACGUGGAGCUGCCUCUGUCCUGCCAGGGGGGCCGCUACGGGCUGCUCCAGGCUGCAGCUGUGGCCACCUCCCUGGAGGUGGCCCAGGGGGAGGUACUCUUCGCAGCCUUCUCCUCGGCCGCUCCCCCAACCGUGGGCCGGCCUCCGUCGGCCGCUGCCGGAGCAUCUGGAGCCUCUGCCCUCUGUGCCUUCCCUCUGGAUGAGGUGGACCGCCUUGCUAACCGCACGCGAGACGCCUGCUACACCAGGGAGGGCCGCGCCGAGAACGACGUGGAGGUGGCCUACAUCGAGUAUGAUGUCAAUUCAGACUGCGCACAGCUGCCGGUGGACACCCUGGAUGCUUAUCCCUGUGGCUCGGAUCAUACACCCAGCCCCAUGGCCAGCCGUGUACCGCUGGAAGCCACACCCAUUCUGGAAUGGCCAGGGGUUCAGCUGACAGCUGUGGCAGUUACUGUAGAGGAUGGACACACCAUUGCUUUCCUGGGUGACAGUCAAGGGCAACUUCACAGGGUCUACUUGGGCCCGGGGAGUGAUGGCCACCCGUACUCCACACAGAACAUCCAGCAGGGGUCUGCUGUGAGCAGAGACCUCACCUUUGAUGGGGCCUUCGAGCAUCUGUAUGUCAUGACCCAGAGCACACUUCUCAAGGUUCCUGUGGCCUCCUGUGGUCAGCACCUGGACUGUGCAUCUUGUCUUGCUCACAGGGACCCAUACUGUGGGUGGUGUGUGCUCCUUGGCAGGUGCAGUCGCCACUCCGAGUGCUCACGGGGACAGGGCCCAGAGCGGUGGCUCUGGAGCUUCCAGCCCGAGCUAGGCUGUCUGCAUGUGGCAGCCAUGAGUCCCGCCAACAUCAGCCGAGAGGAGCGGAGAGAGGUUUUCCUGUCAGUGCCUGACCUGCCGCCUCUGUGGCCAGGAGAGUCCUAUUCCUGCCAGUUUGGGGAUCACCAGAGUCCCGCCCUGCUGACCAGUGCCGGUGUGAUGUGCCCUUCCCCAGACCCUAGUGAGGCCCCAGCACUGCCGAGAGGAGCCGACCACGUGGCCAUGAGCGUGGAGCUCAGGUUCGGUGCUGUGGUGAUUGCCAAAGCUUCGCUCUCUGUGUAUGACUGUGUAGCGGUCACUGAGCUCCGCCCGUCUGCGCCGUGCCAGGCUUGUGUGAGCAGCCGCUGGGGGUGUAACUGGUGUGUCUGGCAGCAGCUGUGCACGCACAAGGCCUCGUGUGACGCCGGGCCAAUGGUGGUCAGCCAGCAGAGCCCGCUUCUCUCCCCAGCCCCUCCAGCAGGAGAUGUACCCACCCCCUUCCCACCCAGAAGCCCCCAGGCCCCAGUCACCUCUGUUCCCGACACCCUUCCCGUGGAGCCUGGGGUCCCCUCCACAGCCACAGCCUCGGCUGUCCCACCUGGGGACAGGCCUUCCCUGCUUAGCCCCUGGGGGCCAGGGGCGGGUCCUGGUCCGGUACCUGCUUCCGCCUCCACAGAGUCACCUCUCCAUGAGGAACCUCCCCCUCCCGACCCCCCCAACAGACCUGGAACUGCUGUCCCCGCCCCCACUGACUCCGGACCCACGGCCACACCCGAGGACCUCUCGGCCUCCCACCCAUCGCCCUCAGAUGCAGCAGCACUGCCCCCCGCCCCUGCAGACCCCGGCCCCGAGGCCAACCCCUCUGCGGCACUCCUGGACCAGCCCCCCGGCACUGCUCCCACCACCACUUUCCCAGGGGCCGCUGGCUCCGUGAAACCUGCCCCGGACUGGCUCACGAGAGAAGGCGGCGAGCUGCCUGAGGCGGACGAGUGGACGGGGGGUGACACGCCCGCCUUCUCCACUUCCACCCUCCUCUCAGGUGAUGGAGACUCGGCUGAGCACGAGGGCCCUCCCGCCCCCCUCAUCCUCCUGUCCAGCCUCGACUACCAAUACGACACCCCCGGGCUCUGGGAGCUGGAGGAGGUGAACCGGGGGCCAAGUGCCUGCCCUUGUGUAGACAGCGUUCAGGGUUCCAUGCUAAUGCCAGUGCACGUGGAACGAGAAGUCCAGCUGCUGGGCAGGAACCUGGGCCUCCUCCAGGACAGCCCAGGAGACAGUGAGUGUGUGAUGGAGCUGGAGGGCCGCGAAGUCGUGGUGGAGGCCUGGGUGGAGUGCGAGCCCCCUCCAGACACCCAGUGUCGUGUGACCUGCCGGCGGCACCAGCUCAGCUAUGAGGCUCUGCAGCCAGAGCUCCGCGUGCGGCUGUUUCUGCGUCGGGCUGGCCGUCUGCGUGUGGACAGUGCUGACGGGCUGCAUGUGGUGCUGUACGACUGCUCUGUGGGACAUGGGGACUGCAGCCGCUGCCAAACCGCCAGGCCCCAGUAUGGCUGUGUGUGGUGUAAGGGGGAGCGUCCACGCUGCGUGGCCCAGGAGGCGUGUGGCGAGACCGAAGCUGUGGCCACUCAGUGCCCUGCCCCCCUCAUCCACUCGGUGGAGCCACUGACUGGGCCCGUGGACGGAGGCACCCGUGUCACCAUCAGGGGCUCCAAUCUGGGCCAACACGUGCAGGACGUACAGAACACGGUCAGGGUGGCCGGGGUGCCCUGUGCCGUGGACAUUCUGGAGUACGAGGUCUCUAGUAGCUUCGUGUGCGUCACGGAGGCCAGCGGCGGGGAGGUAGCCGGCGCGGUGACGGUGGAGGUGCCGGGAAGAGGACGUGGCAUCUCAGAGCACGACUUCGCCUACCAGGACCCGAAGGUGUAUUCCAUCUUCCCGACCCGGGGCCCCAGAGCCGGGGGCACCCAUCUGACCCUGCAUGGCUCCAAGCUCCUGACUGGGCGGCUGGAGGACCUCCGAGUUGUCGUUGGAGACCAGCCUUGUCACCUGCUGCUGGAGCAGCAGGCCGAUCGGCUGCAGUGUGAGACCAGCCCCCGCCCUACGCCUGCCACGCUUCCUGUGGCUGUGUGGUUCGGGGCCACUGAGCGGAGGCUUCAACACAGCCAGUUCGAGUACACAUCAGACCCCAAUGUCACCUCUGCUGGCCCCACGAAGAGCUUCCUCAGCGGAGGACGGAAGAUAUGGGUCCGUGGCCAGAAUUUGGAUGUGGUACAGACACCAAGAAUCCGAGUGACUGUGGCCCCAAGAGCCCUGCUGCCUAGCCAGGGGCUUGGGCGGAGGCGUCGCGUGAUCCCGGAGACGGCAUGCUCCCCUGGGGCUUCCUGUGGCGGCCAUCAUUUUGAGGAGCCGUGCCACGUGAACUCCUCUCAGCUCAUCACGUGCCACACGCCUGCCCUCCCAGGCCUGCCCGAGGACCCCUGGGUCCGGGUGGAAUUUAUCCUCGACAACCUGGUCUUUGACUUCGCUGCGCUGAACCCCACACCCUUCUCCUAUGAGGCCGACCCCACCCUGCAGCCCCUCAACCCCGAGGACCCCACCAUGCCAUUUCGGCAUAAGCCCGGGAGCGUGCUCUCUGUGGAGGGGGAGAAUCUGGACCUUGCGAUGUCCAAGGAGGAGGUGGUGGCCAUGAUAGGGGAUGGCCCCUGUGUGGUGAAGACGCUGACCCGCCACCACCUGUACUGUGAGCCCCCCAUGGAGCAGCCCCUGCCCCGGCACCACGCCCUCCGAGAGACACCGGAUGCUUUGCCCGAGUUCACGGUGCAGAUGGGGAACCUGCGCUUCUCCCUGGGCCACGUGCAAUACGAUGGCGAGAGCCCCGUGGCUUUUCCCAUGGCGGCCCAGGUGGGCUUGGGGGUGGGCACCUCUCUUCUGGCUCUGGGCGUCAUCAUCAUUGUCUUCAUAUACAGGAGGAAGAGCAAGCAGGCCCUGAGGGACUACAAGAAGGUCCAGAUCCAGCUGGAGAAUCUGGAGAGCAGUGUGCGGGACCGCUGCAAGAAGGAGUUCACAGACCUCAUGACCGAGAUGACCGAUCUCACCAGUGACCUACUGGGCAGUGGCAUCCCCUUCCUCGACUAUAAGGUGUAUGCCGAGAGGGUCUUCUUUCCCGGGCACCAGGAAUCACCCUUGCACAGGGACCUGGGUGUCCCUGAGAGCAGGCGCCCCACCGUGGAGCAGGGGCUGGGGCAGCUCUCCAACCUGCUCAACAGCAAGCUCUUCCUCACCAAGUUCAUCCACACCCUGGAGAGCCAGCGCACCUUCUCGGCUCGGGACCGCGCCUACGUGGCAUCUUUGCUCACCGUGGCUCUGCAUGGGAAACUCGAGUACUUCACUGACAUCCUCCGCACGCUGCUUAGUGACCUGGUGGCCCAGUACGUGGCCAAGAACCCGAAGCUGAUGUUGCGCAGGACGGAGACCGUGGUGGAGAAGCUGCUCACCAACUGGAUGUCCAUCUGCCUGUACACUUUUGUCAGGGACUCAGUAGGGGAGCCUCUGUACAUGCUUUUUCGGGGAAUUAAGCAUCAAGUAGACAAGGGACCAGUGGACAGCGUGACCGGCAAAGCCAAAUACACCCUGAAUGACAACCGCCUUCUCAGAGAGGAUGUGGAAUACCGUCCCCUGACCCUGAAUGCCCUGUUGGCUGUGGGGCCUGGCGCAGGAGAGGCCCAGGGGGUGCCUGUGAAGGUCCUGGACUGUGACACCAUCUCCCAGGCCAAAGAGAAGAUGUUGGACCAGCUUUAUAAAGGAGUACCUCUGGCCCAGCGGCCAGACCCCCGCACCCUGGAUGUCGAGUGGCGGUCCGGGGUGGCUGGGCAUCUCAUUCUUUCCGAUGAGGAUGUGACUUCGGAGGUCCAGGGUCUGUGGAGGCGCCUGAACACCCUGCAGCAUUACAAGGUCCCAGACGGAGCGACCGUGGCCCUGGUCCCCUGCCUCACCAAGCACGUUCUCCGAGAAAACCAGGAUUAUGUCCCUGGAGAGCGGACCCCAAUGCUGGAGGAUGUGGAUGAGGGGGGCAUCCGGCCCUGGCACCUGGUGAAGCCGAGUGAGGAACCGGAGCCCCCCAGGCCUCGGAGGGGCAGCCUUCGGGGCGGGGAGCGCGAGCGAGCCAAGGCCAUCCCUGAGAUCUACCUGACUCGCCUGCUGUCCAUGAAGGGCACCCUGCAGAAGUUUGUGGACGACCUCUUCCAGGUGAUUCUCAGCACCAGCCGCCCCGUGCCACUUGCUAUCAAGUACUUCUUUGACCUGCUGGACGAGCAGGCCCAGCAGCAUGGCAUCUCCGACCAGGACACUGUCCACAUCUGGAAGACCAACAGCCUGCCCCUGAGAUUCUGGAUCAACAUCAUAAAAAACCCACAGUUUGUGUUCGACGUGCAGACGUCUGAUAACAUGGACGCCGUGCUCUUGGUCAUCGCGCAGACGUUCAUGGAUGCCUGCACGCUUGCCGACCACAAGCUGGGCCGGGACUCCCCCAUCAACAAACUUCUAUACGCUCGAGAUAUUCCCCGUUACAAACGGAUGGUAGAAAGGUACUACGCAGACAUCAGGCAGACCGUUCCUGCCAGUGAUCAAGAGAUGAACUCCAUCCUGGCUGAGCUGUCUCGGAACUACUCUGGGGACCUUGGGGCACGAGUGGCCCUCCACGAGCUCUACAAGUACAUCAACAAGUACUAUGACCAGAUCAUCACUGCCCUGGAGGAGGACGGCACGGCUCAGAAGAUGCAGCUGGGCUACCGGCUCCAGCAGAUCGCAGCUGCUGUGGAGAACAAGGUCACAGACCUGUAGGGACCUGGCUAGCCCUGGCCUGCCGUUGCCUCAGCCUUGCCUGGGCGGCCCCGGAGCCGCGAGGGAGAAACUACCUUCUUAGAUGCCUGUAGUGCCUGACAAGCCGAGUUAGUGGAAGGUGGCUCCCAGUUCCCCUGGGGGCUCUGGCCUGGGCCCUGCUGGACCUGCCUCGAAGGCCUGGGGCCUUGAGGCUGAUCGGGUGGGGCCCAGCCUGCUCCCUGAGCCCAGUGACCCUGUGGGCUAUUUUGUGUGUGAUGUCAGUCUGUGGGGAGUCAGGGACUAAGGGCUUCCAGAGAGUGGCUGGUGGGGCCUCCAGCCCCUGGAGAGACUGUACUGUUCCUGUACACUGGCCUUUAUCCAGCUGGGAUGCAGAGGGGGAGGAGAAGAGCCCCACUUCCUGUCCUGCCCUCCUCUAUCAUCCCUGACCUCAGUUUAGCUGCCUCUGGCCUUGUUGCUGCUGUCACGUUCCUAGGUCCGAGAGAGGAAUGCCUUUGCUAGGCCGCUGCAAACUGACCCCUCCGCGGGGCCUGCUGCCUCCAGGCCACCCUGCCUCAGAGGCAGCCCGUGGUGAGGGCCACAUGCUGCAGGCGCCCGGGGGAGAGUGGUGGCCCCACUGACCCAGAUCUUCAUUAAAGGAUAACACACUG